AUGUCAACGAUACGUAUAGUAAUAUUGGGUGGUGGAGCUGUUGGGAAGUCAGCAAUCACAGUCCAGUUGGUUUCUGGACACUUUGUCCAAAUAUACGAUCCAACAAUUGAAGACUCUUAUCGAACAAGCAUCUCUGUUGAUGGUGAAAUGGUGUCACUCGAUUUGUUGGACACAGCAGGACAGGACGAGUACUCUGCACUUCGAGAUCAAUAUAUGAGGUCUGGGGAUGGGUAUGUCAUUGUUUAUUCGAUCACUUCAACGACAUCGUUUUUAGAAGCAAACUCAUUCAGAGAACAAUUGUUCAGAGUUCUUGAUAAAGAUUUCAGUGAACACAUUCCAAUUGCUUUGUGUGGAAAUAAAUGUGAUUUGGAGUCAGAGAGACAGGUGUUUACAGAUGAUGCCAAAAAGGUUGCUGAUGAGUGGAAAAUACUUUUCUAUGAGACUUCGGCUAAGAACAAAACAAAUAUCACUGAAACAUUCCAAGGGUUGGUAAGAGACAUUAGAGCUAAUGUUAAAUUUGAAGAUGUUCCAGUCAAUAAUAUCACAACUCAAAAUAAGCCGUUGAAAAGAAAUAAAAAGGGGUGCAACAUAUUUUAA